UUGGGGCUGUGGCCCCCCAAAAUGUCUGUGCACGUCCCUGAGGCUAAGUUGUUUGCACCAGAAUAAGUUUUGUUGCCACAUCCUGACCACAGGAGUUAGAUUGAGAACAAGGAGGAGAGAGGAGGGGGGAAAGAAAGUAAAACUAAACUCUCCACCUGUGUUUUAUGUCAGGUCAGAGGAACCAGAGGGGCUGAAGAGGAAGUCUUUUUGUGUAUCGUUUAACUCGGUUGAAUCUGUGACUCUGGCGCUCCCAGUGUCUCCUCGCAGCACGUGCAUGCAGCUGCACAGCCCACAGUGGAAUCAUAUGAAGAUCACAGAUCUCCUCUCAGAUCUUCUCUCAGCUCCCACGGACUCGCUCCUGAAAUUUUACAACUAACAUUCCCUACAGGGACUGUCCCCACCCCUCCAGCCCCUCUGCGCUCGGCUCUAGCACGGAACCGCACGGCACGGCUCUCUCGACCCAGCAGAGCCAGCUCGGGCCCUCCUCCAGGGCUGCGUGAGCCGGUGUUUGAUUGGAUUAGAGUCGGCUCGCCUUUGCCCUCUAACCUCGCUGAUGGUGGUUGGCUGCUUCCUGCUGCCUCCGCUCCCCCUGACCGACUGAGAGAGCCUGCCGAAGCCGCACGGCGAAGCGCCCUGCACGGACACAGCCGACGGGGACGAGCCGCUUCCAGCCUGAGCCGAGACAAGCCGGAGCGGAGCCACAGUGCACACACGGGCGGUCGGGCUAGAAGAAAAACCCGAAGCAGCCAUGCGGAGGAAAUCGAGGAUAUCGUUGUGUUUUGCUGUGCUGUGGGUGCUGGGGAUAGCCUACUACUACUACUCAGGGACAGCGCUGAGUCGAAAGGAUGAUUGGGGCUCCAGUGACUCAUCUAGUAAAAGCAAAACUCACAGCUCUGACGAUAAGACUCAUGGUCUGGAGACCCUGCCACCAGGCAAAGUGCGCUGGCAGGAUUUUGACCAGGACCUAUACGUUGGUGCCACAGUGGUCCGAUCAGGUCAGGAUCCAUACGCCAGGAACAAGUUCAACCAGGUGGAGAGUGACAAACUCCGCAUGGACAGAGCAGUGCCCGAUACAAGAAACGACCAGUGCAGACAUAAACAAUGGAUGUCAGACCUACCAGCCUCCAGUGUGGUCAUCACCUUCCACAAUGAGGCUCGCUCUGCUCUGCUGCGGACUGUGGUCAGUGUCUUGAAGAAAAGUCCUCCUCACUUGGUCAAAGAGAUCAUUCUGGUGGACGACUACAGCGACAAUCCGGAGGACGGAGCGUUGCUGGGGAAGAUUGAGAAAGUGCGAGUGUUGAGGAACGACCGCAGAGAAGGACUGAUGCGCUCGAGGGUUCGUGGUGCAGACGCUGCCACAGCGCCAGUGCUCACCUUCUUGGAUUCUCACUGUGAAUGUAAUGACCACUGGCUGGAGCCGCUACUGGAGAGAGUGGCUGAGGAUAAGACGAGAGUAGUUUCUCCAAUUAUUGACGUCAUCAACAUGGACAACUUCCAGUAUGUAGGAGCCUCGGCCGAUCUGAAAGGAGGUUUUGACUGGAAUUUGGUGUUUAAAUGGGACUACAUGACUCUGGAGCAGAGACGAGCCAGACAAGGCAACCCCAUCGCACCCAUAAAGACUCCGAUGAUAGCAGGAGGUCUAUUUGUCAUGGAUAAGGAAAACUUUGAGCUGCUUGGAAAGUACGACAUGAUGAUGGAUGUGUGGGGAGGAGAAAACCUUGAGAUCUCAUUUCGUGUGUGGCAGUGCGGUGGCAGUCUGGAGAUCAUCCCCUGCAGUCGAGUCGGCCACGUCUUCAGAAAGCAACAUCCGUACACUUUCCCAGGGGGCAGCGGGACAGUGUUUGCAAGGAACACAAGGAGAGCAGCAGAAGUGUGGAUGGACCAGUAUAAAAACUUCUACUAUGCUGCUGUCCCAUCAGCGAGAAACGUCCCCUACGGAAACAUCCAGAGUCGUUUGGAGAUGAAGAAGAGAUUAGGCUGUAAGCCAUUUAAAUGGUACCUGGAGAACGUCUACCCUGAACUGCGGGUCCCAGAUCACCAGGACAUAGCGUUUGGAGCCUUGCAGCAGGGAGGAAACUGUCUGGACACCCUGGGACAUUUUGCUGACGGGGUGGUGGGCCUCUAUGAGUGCCACAACGGUGGGGGGAACCAGGUAGCGUUACUGCGACCACACACACAGGAAUGGGCCCUGACCAAGGACAAAUCAGUCAAACACAUGGACUUGUGUCUCACUGUGGUGGACAGAACAGCCGGCUCCCUCAUCAAACUACAAGGCUGUCGAGAGAAUGACAGCAGACAGAAAUGGGAGCAGAUCGAGUCCAACUCGAAGCUUCGUCACGUGGGCAGUAACCUCUGUCUGGACAGCCGCAGCGCCAGGAUGGGCGGACUCACCGUGGAAGUCUGCAGCCCCAGCCUCAACCAGCAAUGGAAGUUCACCCUCAAUUUACAAUCCUAGGGGGCGCUACAGUCCCCAGGCAGAGUUGGAUCUUGAAUAGAGACACCAACAGACUCUGAGACACGGGUUAGAAGAUGGACUUGAAGGAGAAAGACAAACUCAAUGGAUAAAAAUGGCUGUUUUUUGCUCCUCAGAGGUGCAGCCCGUCAUGCACCCCUCUCCCCCAACUCCCCCCACCCCUAAAAAAAAAUAUAUAUAGAACAUGAGCCACGCACCCUGGGGGGAGGGGCUUGCAGACCAUUACCGGAGUAAACAGGAAUCUGUCUGUGUUUGAUGCUGAGGAUAAAAGCGAUGAAGAGGCUUCCCACCCAGACUACAUACCUCAGUGUUUUUUCAUUGAUGGUUCCAGAAGCAAAUGUUGAGUGAAUUCUUUUUUUUUUUUUUUUUGUUCUUUUACAUUAUUCAAUUCUGGUGAAAUAGGACUCUUUGACAUUUUUACUUUGCAAUUGUUUUAUUUCAUUUUUAUUAAUAUUUUUAUUCCUUGCUCCUGUAAACCUUCACGGGGGAUACAGGAGCUUUUUUUUGUUUUGGAAGAAUGGGAUGUUGGAUGUUGGUGUUGUUGCUCCUCUCCAGUGCUCUCUUGUUGGUUCUCCACACUGAACUCGAGCCCGUAACAGCAGAUGGAGGCUUCAGGUUGUGGUUUUUGGUGAAGGUUUGGAUGAAGGGAGGAAACGGACUCGAUUCUUUGAGCUUUUCCUCUUGUUUACUUUCAUUGGUUCACAGGAUCAACAGAGAAAAUAGAGACGAGGUAGAGAGAAGAUUACUUUGUGUACUUUCUUGUCUCCUGUUUGAUUUCUUUCCUACAGAUUGUCUCUUGAGGUGGGGGAAGCGGUUCAGGGCAGAGCUUAUGUACUUUGGACUGGGCCGGACACUGGAACAACUGUUCCUAUAACCAGGAAGUGUCUUGAAGCUCACAUUGAAGAUUUUUAGCACUGGCUGUCUCUACGGGAAACACAGAAAAUAAAUCUCCAGUCUCUUUUUGUUUACUUUAAAGAAAUGGAACCAAAUUUCAAAUGGAUAUUUUAUGUUUCAGCAGGAACGGAGAAGCGAUUAAAAUAAUUUUUCAUGACUCUCGCUUCUCUCUAACUGCUUCCUUUGGGGCAGUUCAGUUUAUACAUCUUUUUCCUGCACACAUACUUGUCUUAGCAUGUGUCUAUAUUUCCAUUGUAGGAAGGUCACUGUCUAAUAUCCACCUUCAAACUGCAUUUAAUGUUUCAGCUUCUUCUCUAGAGCCAACAGGUGUUUGUUGCAAAUAGAUAAUAGCUGCAUUUUAAAUAUCCCCAUGAUGAGAUACCCAAUAUUUUACAAAUUCAUUCGCAUGGACAGGAUGAGGUGAGUGUUGAUCCACUUUCUACAUGACCCUGCAGGCACAGGCAAAGGAGAACCACCAGUGUCUAAGUGUGGCACACUUCUCAGAGGACUCAUAAUGUCGACCUGUAACAAGGUUUUUUUUAUUAUUUUUAUUUAAAGGAGACUCCAGAGAGCUUAGUCCAGCCUGUGAACAGAGGUCAUGCUAAAACAGCAUCUCCAAAGCCUCUGAGUACAAUCUGUAUGAAAUGUGCAUGCACUCGUCUUCUUGAAAGCUCAGAAAACCUGCAUGUAUCACCAACAAGUUCCCACAGUUGCACUCAGUCACUAGUGAUUUGCAUCAACAUAUUUUUUUCCUUCACUGUGGAGGUUAGAUGAGCCAUCUGUUCAGAAGUCUGAAACUGCAAUAAACAAGGUUUCUCUAUGUGACGUACUCUGCUUGUCCACAAGGCAGCCAGGUUUUUCUGAUUGCACAAGCGGAAAUGUCGAACUUGCGCUGACGCUACAACUUCUAAGUUUCUUGUUACCUGAUUGUGGUACAGAACAGAUUGAAUUUACAGAGCGUGUAUCUGUUUGCAAGUCGAUUAUCUGAUGCCUGUUUUGCAUCUUAUGCAUAACUGCUCUCCCUUGUGCUUCAUCAUCUCAUCUGUUUCCGUCAGAGAGGAGUCACGAUGGUGGAUUUGUGGGUAAAUUGGUUUUGAUUAAGUUCAGAGUGACUCAUCACUUGGCAUUUUUAAUGCAGCUACGUACAAAAAAACCACAAAACAUCCCUAAAGAGAUGAUACUGUAUGACAAAAAUCAUUCCUGGUUUACUCUAGAAAGAAGCUGCAGCAGAAAUUGUUUAUUAAUGUGAACAAAUGUUUCUUAUUUCGCUCCAACCUUCUCAUCCUUUCUCCUUUGAUUUUUUCUUUUUUUUUAUAAAUAGAUUUUCCAAACCUGACAAAGACAGCUGGUUGUGUUUGCUCUGUUGUCUGAUACUCAUGAAUCCUUUCCUUAUGUUCUGCCAUGUUGUUUCACUGGUCCUGAUGAUAGCCUUGUCUUAACGCCUAAGUAGAGAGGAGAAUGUCGGCUGAAAGUGCAGCUGGUAGAAAAGCCUAUCCUGUGACUUGAUAGGUCGCUUCAUGAAGACCCAGGGUAUGAGGCCAGAUUCUCACCCUGAGGUGGGGGUGGGGGGGGCUUUUGUGUUGCAAUGGUGACCAGACUUAAGGGCCCAAAUCUGGUUAAGGCUGGUUAUCAAGAGGUAGAUAUACUGUCAACUUUUAAAAUACUUUUUCCAUUUUUCCAUUCUGUGGGGAAAUUGUAAAAUAAUAUAAAAUA